AGGCAUGAAGAGUGGUGCGGCGCCGGGGAGGGACUAUACAUGUGGACAAGGUUUGACUCAACUGUUGCGCUGGGCUGCUUCUGUCUCCUUCUUGGCUUGGGGUCUUUCAAGUCUACAGAUCCUCAAUUGUGGGGGGGAUAGAAACACAAGGACACCUGCAGCCAGACUGCUUUUGCUGCUGAGUGAGUGUGCACAGCUCGGGUAUAAAAGCUGAAGCCAGCACUUACUUUCCUGGACUGAAGUGAAGUUGUCAUAAUGUUAGGUAGCGGAAAGUCUCAGAGUUCCACCAGUCCCAGGGAGGAGAAGAGGAAAGGGGCUGAGAAGACGUCGGAUCCUCUGAGGAAGCUCGGGCUGCUGGACAAUGAGGAUGUGCGCGUGAUGAUGCAAGGCUCAAGCAUGGUGAAAGUUCGCUCCCAGAGGUGGCAAAAGAGCCGUAACCUGCGGCUGCUGGAGGACGGACUCACAGUGUGGUGUGAAUCCACCAAAAGCUCCCGCAAGGCCAAAGCUCAGCAGACAUUUGCAGUGACAGAAGUGGAGUGUGUUCGUGAAGGUUGUAAGUCCGAGGCGCUGAGGCCGCUAUCUGGGUCAGUGCCAGAGAACCGGUGCUUCACCGUGGUCUUCAGAGGAGCCAGGAAGAGCCUGGACCUGCUGUGCCCAUGUGAGGAUGAGGCUAAACGCUGGGUGCGUGGCCUCCGCACCUUGAAGGAGUGUGUGGCCAACAUGAGUCAGAAGGAGAAACUGGACCAUUGGAUUCGUAGCUACUUAAGGCGAGCAGAUCAGAAUCAGGAUGGCAAGAUGAGCUACGAUGAAGUCAAAAGGCUGCUGCAGAUGAUCAACAUCGACCUAAGUGAACAGUACGCUCGCUGUUUAUUCAAGAGGUGUGACCGGUCUGGUGAUGGGCGUCUAGAUCACAUAGAGAUCGAGGAGUUCUGCAGGGAGCUCUUGCGGCGGCCUGAGUUGGACGCCGUGUUCAGACACUAUUCGAGUAACGGCUGUGUGCUCUCCACUGCUGAGCUGCGUGACUUCCUGGGAGACCAAGGCGAAGAUGCUUCACUGCUUCAUGCUCAGAGUCUUAUACUCACCUAUGAGCUCAAUGACUGGGCUCAAAAGAACCAGUUUAUGACUCAGAAUGGUUUCACCAUGUACAUGCUGUCUCUGGAGAAUGAUGUGUUCAACCCUGACCAUGCCAGAGUCCACCAAGACAUGACCCGUCCUCUGGCUCACUACUUCAUUUCCUCAUCCCACAACACCUACCUUACCAAGGACCAAGUGACCAGCGCCAGCAGUACUGAGCCAUACAUCAGAGCUCUGAACCAGGGCUGCCGCUGUGUGGAGCUGGACUGUUGGGAUGGAGAUAAAGGAGAGCCUGUCAUAUACCACGGCCACACUCUCACUUCCAAAGUGCCCUUUAAGGAGGUCAUUGAAACCAUCGCCCAGUACGCCUUUAAGGCGUCCCCGUACCCUCUAAUCCUGUCCUUAGAGAAUCACUGUUCUGUGGAGCAGCAGGCUGUCAUGGCCAAACACCUCCGCACCAUUCUGGGCAGCAAGCUGCUCACCAAGCCUCUGAGUGACCAGCUGCUGAAGGAUCUGCCUUCUCCUGAGGAGCUAAAGUGCCGUAUUCUGGUAAAGGGAAAGAAACAUAUUCCUCACCUGGGCCAGCUAGGCAAGACUGGCAGCUCUGCCAGCUUCUCUUCAAGCUCAGAUGACGAACUAGCUAGCAGCAACAAGAACACACCCAAGAGAGAUCCUGCAAAGGUCAGUUCAAAACUCAGCCCGGAGCUAUCAGAGCUGGUGGUGUACUGCAGGAGCGUCCCCUUCCAAGGAUUUGAAAAUAUGUCUGAAAAGCCACCGAAUGAAAUGUCCUCUUUCUCAGAAAGUGACGCCCUCAGGCUCAUCAAAGACUCGGGAAAGCUUUUUGCAAGACACAACAGCAAGCAGCUGAGCCGGAUCUACCCCUCCGGCCAGCGCCUCCAAUCAUCCAACUAUGAUCCUCAGGAAAUGUGGAAUGGUGGCUGCCAGAUGGUCGCUCUGAACUUCCAAACCCCUGGGGAGCAGAUGGACCUGAACCAGGGUCGCUUCCUCCCUAAUGGCCGCUGUGGAUACGUUCUCAAACCCAGCUUCCUGUGCAGCUCCACAACCAACUUUAACCCAGAGAACACAGGAGGAGGACCGGGUCAUGUGCCCACACAGCUGACGAUACGAAUCAUAUCCGCACAGCAGCUGCCAAAAAUCAACACAGAGAAGGCAAGCUCCAUUGUGGAUCCACAAGUAUGGGUAGAAAUUCAUGGAGUUGCUAUUGAUAAUGCAAGAGACAAAACCCAUCGCAUUGACAACAAUGGCUUCAACCCACGCUGGGAUUGCACUUUGAGCUUCCAGCUGCAGGUGCCUGAGCUGGCUCUUGUACGGUUUGUAGUGGAGGACCAUGAUCACACUGCCAAAAAUGACUUUGUGGGACAGUUCACUUUGCCUUUUACAAGCCUACGGACAGGUUAUCGUCAUGUUCACUUACUGAAAGCAGAUGGUUCCAGUCUUUCCCCUGCCACACUCUUCAUUCAUGUCAAAGUAGCCCGCAAAGGAGUUCCCAUCAAAACUGUUUCUGAGCGUAUGGCCAUUGCCAAAGGCAAAGCAUGACAUGCAUCUAAACUGAGUGGCAAGCUGUUUCUUGACAACAAAAGGCUAUGGAAAAGGAACUCUGAAUGCAAGUAGAGAGGCUGCUGCUGUCAGCCAGUUUCCCAGUCCAGACCUCAAGUGGUCCAAUUUACACAGCCUCUUCCAAAUGCAGGAAGAAAGAUGUUGCUUAUCAAAGAUGAAGUAUGUUAGCUCUCAGCAAAUGAAUUGCCUCAGGUUGGAAAAUGAAUCCAUGAUGCACUGCAGGAGUAUCUGGUCUUGCCAGUGCUGGUAGUUCUGGAAACUGGGGCACUAAAGCACGUGUAGUUCAGGAAUGGCAGUGACUCAGAGGGCCUCUCUGAAUUAUCUUAAUUGAUAGUAUUAACUCUCAUAUUUAAAGGUUAUCUCUAUAUCUGUUGAGCAGACGGUGAAAGUGUGUCAUUUCAUCCUUUUUUAUUUUUGAUCUAAGAGGAAUGUUAACAGUUUUUUACUGACGUUUUUGGUUGUACCUUGAUAAUGAUGCAAUUAGUUGAACAACUAAUAACUGACUGAACUUGUUACACUAAUGCUAUAAGUAGGAAAUAAUAUUGACUGUAAAGUGUUUUAAGUGAUACUGUUCAACAAGGCCAUAGUUUGGCAGAAAAUGUGGUAAAAUGAUUACCACAGUUUGUAUUGUCCACAAACAUUGAACAAAUGAGUGUUUAUUCAGUCAGUCUUACUUGAUACCCUGCUCUAGCUUUGGCACUUUUUACAUAUGAAACAGAAGGCAGUAUAUUUCCACAACUUGAAUGAACUUGAAAUAUGAAGAGCAUUAUUUUGUCAGAUGGUUUACUUACCCGCUUUAACAAUACAAUGAUGUAUUUACUUAAGCAGUUGUAUAUGUGAUAAUACUAUCAGUGUUUUCGGCUAACAAGAAUAUUUAUUUAUGUUGCCAAUCUUUGUACAACAUAUAACCUACAAUUAUCCU